UUUUGUGGGGGAGCCUUCGGAGCAGCCGUGAUGGCCAGCACCAGGAGUAUUGAGCUGGAGCACUUUGAGGAACGGGACAAAAGGCCGCGACCGGGGUCGCGGAGAGGGGCGCCCAGCUCCUCGGGAGGCAGCAGCAGCUCGGGCCCCAAGGGGAACGGGCUCAUCCCCAGCCCGGCGCACAGUGCCCACUGCAGCUUCUACCGCACGCGGACCCUGCAGGCUCUGAGCUCAGAGAAGAAGGCCAAGAAGGCGCGCUUCUACCGGAAUGGGGACCGCUACUUCAAGGGCCUGGUGUUUGCCAUCUCUAGCGACCGCUUCCGGUCCUUCGAUGCGCUGCUCAUGGAGCUCACCCGCUCCUUGUCGGACAACGUGAACCUGCCCCAGGGUGUCCGCACCAUCUACACCAUCGACGGCAGUCGGAAGGUCACCAGCCUGGACGAGCUGCUGGAAGGUGAGAGUUACGUGUGUGCAUCAAAUGAACCAUUUCGUAAAGUUGAUUACACCAAAAAUAUUAAUCCGAACUGGUCUGUGAACAUCAAGGGUGGGACAACCCGAGCCUUGGCUGCUCCCUCCUCGGUGAAAAGUGAAGUGAAGGAAAGUAAAGAUUUCAUCAAACCCAAGUUAGUGACUGUGAUUCGAAGUGGAGUGAAGCCUAGAAAAGCUGUGCGGAUCCUUCUAAAUAAGAAGACUGCUCAUUCCUUUGAACAGGUGUUGACAGAUAUCACCGAAGCCAUUAAACUAGAUUCAGGAGUGGUCAAGAGGCUCUGCACGCUGGAUGGAAAGCAGGUUACUUGUCUGCAAGACUUUUUUGGUGAUGAUGAUGUUUUUAUUGCUUGUGGACCUGAAAAAUUCCGUUAUGCCCAAGAUGACUUCGUCCUGGAUCACAGUGAAUGCCGUGUCUUGAAGUCAUCUUAUUCUCGCUCCUCAGCUGUUAAGUAUUCUGGAUCUAAAAGCCCUGGGCCCUCCCGACGCAGCAAAUCACCAGCUUCAGUUAACGGAACUCCCAGCAGCCAGCUGUCUACUCCUAAAUCAACAAAAUCCUCUAGCUCUUCUCCAACUAGCCCAGGAAGUUUCAGAGGAUUAAAGCAGAUUUCUGCACACGGCAGAUCUUCUUCCAAUGUAAAUGGUGGACCUGAACUUGGUCGUUGCAUGAGUCCUGAAGGUGUGAAUGGAAACAGGUGUUCUGAAUCAUCAACUCUUCUUGAGAAAUACAAAAUCGGGAAGGUUAUUGGUGAUGGGAAUUUUGCAGUAGUCAAAGAGUGCAUGGACAGGUCCACUGGAAAGGAAUUUGCCCUGAAGAUUAUAGACAAAGCCAAAUGUUGUGGAAAGGAGCACCUGAUUGAGAAUGAAGUGUCCAUCCUGCGCAGGGUGAAACAUCCAAAUAUCAUCAUGCUGGUUGAGGAGAUGGAAACAGCUACUGAGCUCUUUCUGGUGAUGGAACUGGUCAAAGGUGGAGAUCUCUUUGAUGCAAUUACCUCUUCAACCAAGUACACUGAGAGAGAUGGCAGUGCGAUGGUGUACAACCUGGCCAAUGCCCUCAGGUAUCUUCAUGGCCUCAGCAUCGUGCACAGAGACAUCAAGCCAGAGAACCUCUUGGUGUGUGAAUAUCCUGACGGAACCAAGUCCUUGAAACUGGGAGACUUUGGGCUGGCCACUGUGGUGGAAGGCCCUUUAUAUACAGUCUGUGGCACGCCGACUUAUGUGGCUCCAGAAAUAAUUGCUGAAACUGGCUAUGGCCUGAAGGUGGACAUUUGGGCAGCGGGCGUGAUCACAUACAUACUUCUCUGUGGAUUCCCGCCAUUCCGAAGUGAGAACAAUCUACAGGAAGAUCUCUUUGACCAGAUCUUGGCUGGGAAGCUGGAGUUCCCAGCCCCGUACUGGGAUAACAUCACGGACUCAGCAAAGGAACUAAUCAGUCAGAUGCUUCAGGUAAACGUCGAAGCUCGGUGUACUGCUGGAGAAAUCCUGAGCCACCCCUGGGUGUCAGAUGAUGCCUCCCAGGAGAAUAAUAUGCAAGCAGAAGUAACAGGUAAACUCAAACAGCACUUUAAUAACGCGCUCCCCAAACAGAACAGCAUCACCACCGGGGUCUCGGUUAUCAUGAACACGGCUCUAGAUAAGGAGGGGCAGAUUUUCUGCAGCAAGCACUGUCAGGACAGCAGCCGACCUGGGAUGGAGCUGACCUCUCCAGUCCCUCCCUCAGCCGAGGAGCCCCCCGUGUCCAUGACGGCAGCCCCGGCCCCCGCCCCCGCCCCUCUGGAAUCGCCCACACGCCCUUGUUCCCCUGCUGCCGUUGGCUGCGAGCGGGCAGGGACCUGGCGCCGCCACCGUGACUGAGCCCCAGGCCGAUGGGCUGGAGCCUGCCGCACCGCUGGGAAGCCCCUCUUCUGUCCGGGCCUGCCGCGCAGUCCCCUCACUGAAGAGCCUUUCUCCGCUGCCUGCCAUUGGGAAGCUUGCUGGCACCCGGGAGGGCCGCCAGGAGCCGGGAGCUCUAUGCCAGGGGUUUGCUUCUUUUCGUACUCUGGGCUCUGCCCUCUGGUUCCUGGAGGGUCCUAUGCAGUGUUAGCCUUGGUGACAGAGUGGCUCAUUUUAAAUUAUUUGUCUUCGGUUCAUUUUACAGUGUCACCAGGAGAAUGUGCAACUUUUAUCUGGGAUUUAAUGCAUUUUUAUAGAAACAUUUUGGAUGAAUCAAGAUCUCUCCCCUAUUUAAGUAAACUCGGAAUAUUCCUUUUUUUCUUACGAAGAACUUAGAGCUGCAUUUGUCCCUUUGUGGGUGUCCUGUGAGAGGUGGCACAGCACCUUCCUUUGCUGUUGGGGUUUGGAGGACUGGCUUUCUGAUGGGAGAAAUGAGCACCCAAGAGGACAGUCUGGUCAUCGGACACUAAUUCCAGACUUUGAGAAGUGCUUCCCGGUGCCUCAGGAAGCAGCCCACCAUAUAGCUUGGGGUGCUGGGUUUACCUAAGAUGACACUGGAUAUUUAUUUGUACACAGACCCCAGGGGAAUGUCACUUUGCUCCCUAGACAUUGUGUGUUCUCCCCCCCUCCAACUCUUCCCACGUGUGUAUUAGGAAAUGCUAACGAAGUCGUCCUUUGGGCUUUUUCUUGAAAGGCUUGGCGCAUGCAGCAUCACCCCGGCCAUGGCGGCUUCUUCUCAGCAGGCCGGCUUCCAGCAGAGCAGGAAAAACUAGGCAUCUGAGCAGCCACCAGACUCUUUUGUCAUCUACUUGCCGUCUGGAGCUGGCGGGAAACACCUGAGGAAACAUGGGCCGAACACAGUCAGGACUGGGGCGGGAAGGUGCUCCGCAAACAUCCUCUGUCAUUAACCUUCUGGAAGGCUGCUGGCAGUUUUUCCUUUUUCCCCUCACUACCCUGCCCUUUUUAAUAGUUGUACAUAGUCGGUAGAUUUGUUUUACCCACUCAACUUCUAAACUGGUGGGCCCUGUAGUUCAUUCUCAUUGUUAGACUUUUGCCUCUUACAAGUGUACCCGACCUGCAAUAAACCCUUCUUGAG